AUGACAAAGCUGACCAUUAACCAAAAACCGAAAGGCAUUUACGGCACGCCGCAGAAAACAACGCAGACGGCACAGCAGCAGGAUAAAACCACAUCGGCGCAUAAAGUGAUACCCGGCAAUCAGAACGCACAGCAGAGCCGCAAACAGAAGCCCACAGAGGCGACACCGUGGCGGCAUAUGACCAAACGCCAGCGCAAAAACCGCAGGCGCGUUAACCGCCUCACUGAGAUGUGGCCUGACUUAUUCAACAGGGAAGCGCCAAAGCCGCUGAAGGUGGGAAUAUUCGACGACCUGAUGCAGGAUAUCGCCGCCAGGGGGCUGACAUUCGGGCCGGGGGCAUUACGUGCAACGCUGGCAUCUUAUGCGCAGUCUCCGCGCUAUUACCGCGCCCUGAUAGCUGGUGGUGCACGUUAUGACCUGAAAGGCCAGCCAUGUGGGGAAGUGACACCACAGGAACAGCAGGAGGCAGAAACGCGGCUGAUGGCACUGAAUGAGAAGCGUAAACGCCGGACAGCAAAGGAGAAGACAAGCGCAUGA